AUGUGUCGGCUGGAGAGGAAGUUGGGUCCGCCAGUACGAUCAACUGCUUGCGCUUUCGGACCAAGGCCGGUUGGGCGAGAGGUACGAAGACGAUGCGUCGCUUUCGAUCCCUUCAUCAGCUCUCGCCAGCUAGUUCCAGAACUUCCGAUGUACAUGCCAAAACGCCCAUCAGGUCAAUUAUCGGCUGCGACGAAUGAGACAUCUGGCAGCACGUUCUAUCACAUCAUCCUGGACGCCGACGACGACAUCACGCCAGCGAAGAAGCAGCCGAUAAGGUGGCGGCGGCAAGGACCGGAGGGCGUUGCGAUGCUGUCGAGAAUAUUGGAGCCACAGGUGCUCGCCCCGCUGCGUGAGCCUCGCGACUCGCCAUGCUGCCAGACUCGGAGCUUGUCAUCGUCCGAGGAGAAUUCGAGACGGGCGUCGAAGUGCAAGGCUAUUGUCGUGAAAUCGCACCUCUCAGGCGACAUUCCCUCACAUUUCCGCUGUUGUGGCUUCAGCAUUUCGUCGUCCGUCUGGCUGGUCGUGGAUCUCAUUACCUCAAGAUUUCGGAAGUCGAAGUCGAGGGAGGAGCGGGAGAGGGAUCGGCCUAGGUUUCUGCCGGCGCAUGUCCGGGUGCAGGAGACGUAUGAGCGGGCGGUGGAUUGUUGCGUGCAGUGGUGGAGGACGUGGUGGAGGACGUGGUGGAGGGACGACAUGCGAGGGAGUGACGAAGGCUUUGACUGCAUUUCCGACUCCGACUCCGUUCUGAGGAAGGUGACGCUAAAGGAGCACAACACGUGGCAUCAUCCUUGA